GAUUGCGUCACUGGUGAGCGCCGCGGGUCCGGGCGCGAUGGCGGCGCUGGGCGGGGACGGACUGCGCCUGCUGUCGGUGCCGCGGCCUGAGCGGCAACCGGAGUCGGCAGCUCUGGGCGGUCCGGGCCCCGGGCUGUGCUGCUGGGUGUCCGUGUUCUCCUGCCUCAGCCUCGCCUGCUCCUACGUGGGCAGCCUCUACGUCUGGAAGAGCGAGCUGCCUCGGGACCACCCUGCCGUCAUCAAGCGGCGCUUCACCAGUGUCCUGGUGGUGUCCAGCCUCUCGCCCCUCUGCGUACUACUCUGGAGGGAACUCACAGGCAUCCAGCCAGGCACAUCCCUGCUCAGCCUGAUGGGCUUCAGACUGGAGGGCAUUUUCCCAGCAGCACUGCUGCCCCUGCUGCUGACCAUGAUUCUUUUUCUGGGCCCACUUAUGCAACUCUCUAUGGAUUGCCCCUGUGACCUGGCAGAUGGGUUGAAGGUUGUCUUAGCCCCUCGCUCCUGGGCCCGCUGCCUCACGGACAUGCGUUGGCUGCGGAACCAGGUGAUUGCACCCCUGACAGAGGAGCUGGUGUUCCGGGCCUGCAUGCUGCCCAUGUUAGCACCGUGUACAGGCCUGGGCCCUGCUGUGUUCACCUGCCCACUUUUCUUUGGAGUUGCCCAUUUUCACCACAUUUUUGAGCAGCUUCGUUUCCGCCAGAGCAGUGUGGGGAGCAUCUUCUUGUCUGCCGCGUUCCAGUUCUCCUACACAGCUGUCUUCGGUGCCUACACUGCUUUCCUCUUCAUCCGCACAGGACACCUGAUUGGGCCAGUUCUCUGCCACUCCUUCUGCAAUUAUAUGGGCUUUCCUGCUGUGUGCGCAGCCCUGGAGCAUCCACAGAGGCGGCCCCUGCUGGCUGGCUAUGCCUUGGGUGUAGGACUCUUCCUGCUUCUGCUCCAGCCCCUCACGGACCCCAAGCUCUACGGCAGUCUUCCCCUUUGUGUGCUUUUGGAGCGGGCAGGGGACUCAGAGGCUCCCCUGUGCUCCUGACGCAUGCUUCUUUACACACUUGUGUGAACUCUCAUGGGGCUCCCCAGCCCCUCCCCGUCCAGGGGUACUGCAGGGGAGGAGUUGGCCAGGGUCCCCGAGAUCUCAGGAAUUUUUGUAGGGGAUUGAAGCCAGAGCUAGUUGAAUCCCAGGGACCAAGAGAAAGGAGCAGCUACCCAAGGGUGCGGCCCCUCUCUAGAGGGGGUUGAGGAGCAGCGGGGAGUGAGGGGACAAGGAGCAGGUCCCAGGAGCCAUGCACUCCCUUCCUCAUUUUGGACUACUGCUUCUCUGAGCUCCUCUGCCCCUGAAAAGCUGCUGGGGGUGGGAUUUACAGAACCCCUGCCCUCAACUUCCCAGGGUUUUCUCAUUGUCUUUUUGCAUCAGGACUUUGUAUUGGGAUAUUAAAGAGAUUUAACUUGGGUAACAUGG